CGUCAAAAACAACUAAUAGUAUGAUUGAGGUGAAACUUGACCUACUAUCCAAAGUAGAUUACUCCAACUCUCUUUGUUCAGGGAUAAAAGAUGGGAAGUAGCAUAUUUGACAAUGAGUCAGUUCCGCUUCUGUUGUUUGUGGAAGUGAAAUAAACGCAGGGCACUUAGUGUUACUUACUUCAACACAAGCCGCGCAUUUUCUUCUUCUUUUCAAGGUAUAAGCGAUAAGGAUUACCUGCUGUACGGAUAAAUUUUAAAUCCGCUUUCCAACGGUGUGUUGGUUUAGGGUUAUGCAUUCGAUCAUGUUUAAAGAAUAGUGGCCAAGUUUUCUUUGGGCGAAAAAGCGCCGGGAAGCUAAACCUGACAGCAUUGAUCAAAAAAACGGUUAAUCAAUAAUUGUAUUUACUUUGGUACUUCCUUUGAAAAUUCGAAACUCCAAAGGACUAAGCAAACAAUCAAUUUGGUCAACUCGGGGACAAUUUGCUUCAUUACGUAGACAAACCACAAACGAUUACAGCGAUGAUGGUUCGAGCAAUGAACGAACGCGGGCCCGGUUUGGUCGCAAUCGCACAUCUGUUGGUGACAAUAAUCUGAUGCGUGUGCAUGUGUGUGUAUGGGUAGAUUUAUUUUUGGUUUUGAGUAGUGGGUGGUAGAAAACGCAUGCCCUAUUGCAUCCGUACGUACUUUCACAUCUGUUGGUGACUAUAAUCUGAUGCGUGUGCGUAUGUUUGGGUAGUUCUAUUCUUGGUUUUGAGUAGUGGGUGGUAGAAAACACAUGCCCUAUUGCAUCCAUACGUACUUUCAAUGUCGACAGACACUUGUUUACUACGUCAUCGUACUACAGGAAUAGCUCAAGGCAGUCCUGCUAUUUCCAAGACUUCAAUUCACUUCAUUCCAAUGAUAAUACCACCAAUUAUCUUAUUCAGCUAGUCAAAGGAACGUGUUUUGGGGGCUUAGCAUUGUGUGAUGUUUACUUGAUACUGAUGAUAGCCGAUCAAUAGGCUGUCGAUUAUGCCUAAUUUCGACACGUCAAUGAGAGGGGGCUGGAUCUAGUAGGGGAAAUAAAAACAAGCCACUUCUCUUCUGUUAGCUUGAUUGAGCACGGUCGCUUGACAAGCGUAUGUUUAAAAAAASACUAGCUACGGAGUUUUCACUUAAAUAGAAUAGCGGAUAAUCAGAAUAUUUAUCAUUGACACGUUCAGAGGAUAAUAUAUCGACUCCUCAAGAGAUCAAUCUCGUCGCAAAAAAUAGAACAUGAACAGACGAAAAUAGGAAGGUAUUUGACCAAAUCAGCACGAAAUAACCGGGCAAUAUGAAUAACACCAACGGCACACUGGUAUUGCAGCAACUAUGUUCUCCAGUAAUUGUGGAGAAUUCCAUCUACGUAAAGGCAGUCAAGAUGUUUGCGUACUGCUUGGUGCUUUUGAUGUCAAGUUUUGGAAACAUUCUACUUGUCCUGAUCGUUUUUAGGCAUCGAAAAACCGGUAUGUUUACAACCACAAACUGCUUCAUCGUUAACAUGGCCAUCUCAGACCUCAUUAUUCCAUUAUUCGCCGUGCCUAACAAGCUUUUCAAUCUAGAAGUGGAUUCGAACUUUAGGUGGUUUCUUGGUGGGAACGUGGGGUUGAUGAUGUGUAAAUGCUUCAACUUUUUACUGGAUGUUUCUACCGCUGUUUCCAUUCAGAGCCUAGUUGCUAUCGCUAUGGACCGAUUCUAUGGCGUGUUGUAUCCACUCCGCGCAGUGCGACACCGAAAUUCCAAAGCUUGUGCUCUUGUGAUCCCGCUGAUCUGGUUCAACGCUAUUGCCUUCCACGGAGUCUACUUCUAUACCUUCAGGCUUAUCGAGUUCCAGGGGAAAAAUUACUGCUUAAUCAACUGGCAACCCUAUUUCGAUAGCAAGGCUGCACAGAAACCAUUUUAUCUGGUCCAGUUUACGUUGCUUUACGUAUGCCCUUUGAUACUUAUAGCUUUUUUGUAUGGGUGUAUCGUGACUAAGCUCCGCUCGAGCACCACCUCCUCCGCUAAGUGCCGAAAAAGAAGAGCUUCAGAACAGUAUCGUAACCGUAAGGUAACGAAAAUGUGUCUGGUUGCAGUGCUUGUGUUUGCUUUCUGCUGGGCUCCCAUACACGUCUAUGGGCUCUUGUUUCACUUUGUUUGGGACUGGAUUGUUCCUUGUGGAAUGCAAGAGAUUGACUUUCUGGUGUUCUUUGUAGCUUAUUCGUACGCUGCAAUCAAUCCGUGCAUCUUUUUCACCUUCAACGAAAAUUUUCGUCGAGGUUUAGUUAGGGUGCUUUGUUGUAGGUCAGUUAAGCGAAGGAUGAGAAGGCCAAGCUGGUCUUCGUGGAGAUCGAGGAGUACGUCAGGAAUUGGGAUACGAAUAAUUGAAGCGAACUGCAGUUCUGGUUCGCGUGAGGAUAAAGUAUGAACAAAAAACGAAAGAUCUCAAUCAGACUUCUGGUAUUCGCGGAAAUAAAAACGGUGAAAAAGAAAGUAAAAAAUCACAAGGCCAGAUAAGAAUGAACAAAAAAAAAAUCUACAUAAAGUUUUUAUUGCUAAAAUGAAGAUUCAAGACAAAUCAUAAAACAAUUGCAUUUGGAUAGCACUGUCAUCAUCGUUGCAAGCAGAAAAAAAAAGAUAAAUGAAUAAAAGUAUCAUAAGGGUUUUUGAAGAAUUAAUGGUUUAAUGAGGGAUUCAUGUCUAAGAGAAUCGGAAAAAAAAAAAAAAAAAAAAAAACAAAAAAAAAAAAAAAAAACUAGUCGUCUAAUUCUAAUUUAUGAAGUACAUCACGAAAUCUAUAUUAUAAACAAACACUGUUUUUAAGUAAGAACAGAAUGAGUUGCCGAACAUGCGAUCGAGGAGUACUUCAGGAAUUUGAUACGAAUAAUUGAAGUGAACUGCAGUUUUUGUUCGCGUGAGGAUAAAGUAUGAACAAAAAACGAAAGAUCUCAAUCAGACUUCUGGUAUUCGCGGAAAUAAAAACGGUGAAAAAGAAAGUAAAAAAUCACAAGGCCAGAUAAGAAUGAACAAAGAAAAAAAAAAUUCGUAAAAAACAAAACCAAAUCGUAAAAAAAAUCGCAUUUGGGUAGCACUGUCAUCAUCGUUGCAAGCAGAAAAAAAAAAUAAAUAAAUAAAAGUAAGGGUUUCUGAAGAAUUAAUGGCUUAAUGGAGGAUUUAUGUCUAAGAGAAUUGAAAAAACAAAACAAAACUAGCCAUCUAAUGCUAAUCUAUGAAGAACAUCACGAAAUCUAAAUUAUAAACAAACACUGUUUUUAAGUAAGAACAGAACGAGUUGGCGAACGUGCAAGAGGAACGUUUUAAAAAAUCUUCCUGGUCAAAUUUUGACUAAGAUUAUCAGAAGUGCACGAAAAGAAAUGGAAGAUAACAUCGAGGAAUAAAAAUUAAAUAGGAACUAAUUAUGAUUUCGUCCUCCUCAAAUGACGAACAAGAUAGCUAGCAAGAUAAGACGUAGUACUUAAAAAGACUAGACCCACUCAGAAUAGACAAAUAAAGAAGAUAAAUUGAAA